UUACGUAAUAUUUACAAUCUAGCGGGAGAAACGAAAUUAUAAGAUAUCGAAUUGUGCGGUAUUCAGAAAUUGUAAGACACAAAAUGGAGGAAGAUACACCGAGGACAGUUAUCCAAGGGUUAAUUAAUGCUGCUGACACCAAUGAGACAGAUCGUCCAGUAAGAAAACGUAAACGUUUGACGAGAACACCAGAUAUGGACAGCAGACUAAGUCGAUCACUUCCUUCCACAGAAAUUAGACUUUACCAACAGGAUGAAGCUAGUCCACAUCACAGUGUGGUGGAAAAAAGCACUUCAAUGAGAAAAACUUCUACACGAAAUAAAAGAGAGUCUUUGGUAGAUACUGUUCGCCGGAAAAGAUUUAAGUUCCGACGUUCAGAAUUAUUCCAGUCCGAGUCUCACACAGACUCUUCUUUAAAUGAUCAGCACAAGAACUCACUGGGGACAGGGGAACCCAGAAGAAAAUCUCCAAGAAUAGCUAAUUUGUCUAAGAAUCAGUCUUCAGCAAUUGAUGAUUCUCAUUUGUCUGCAAAAACAAAUUCAAGGAGACAAAGACCACAGGAUUCAACCAAGUCACCAAAUUUAAAACAAACUAGUAGCUUGCGGCUGUCACCAAGGAAACGAAUGACACCCACUGUAAUGAGGUCUCCCCCCAGAAUGCAACCGACAUCAGCCCACGAGCCGAGGUCUUCCCCCAGAAUACAACCAACAUCAGCCCAAGAGCCAAGGUAUUCCCGCAGAAUACAUCCAACAUCAGCCCAAGAGCCAAGGUCUUCCCCCAGAAUGCAACCGAAAUCAGCUCAAGAGCCGAGGUCUUCCCCCAGUAUGCAACCGACAUCAUCCCAAGAGCCAAGGUCUUCCCCCAGAAUACAUCCGACAUCAGCCCAAGAGCCAAGGUCUUCCCCCAGAAUACAUCCAACAUCAGCCCAAGAGCCAAGGUUUCCCCCCAGAAUGCAACCGGCAUCAGCCCAAAAGCCGAGGUCUUCCCCCAGAAUACAACCGACAUCAGACAAAGAGCAGCAGGAUUUGUCUUAUGUAGAAUAUGAUACUAUGAAAUCCUCACCCAGAGGAAGAAAACAGCUUGAUGUAGUCAAAGUUAAUUCAGUUUCUGAAAUGGGGAAUCAGAAUUGGUCUCCUAAUGGAAAGCAAAGUGCAGUUAAUGUCAGAGAAGAGGAAAAUUCUAGGUUGACUUCAAAAAUUAUGCCUGUAUCACCAAACACUUCGAUGCACUCCAAUGAAGAGAAUUCAUCUUUUUCCAUGGGUUUAUCAAAGCAAAGAAAACAAGUGGAAAUGUAUGAUGUGAACCAAAGUACAACAAAAUCUCCUUCAAAUGGAUUAAAAAGAAGUCGUGGAGGAUAUUUGAUGCAGACCCCUGAUAAAAGCAACAGUCAGAAUUCUCAAUACAGAACUCCAAACAGGAGUCUGAGUUCUGUGGAUUUCAAUAGGGUCAAACAGUCUGCAAGCAAAAUUUCCACGCAAUCUAGGGUGGGAACUCCAUCAAAGAUAAACAGAAGUCUAAUACAACAAAGAAGUAUGGCUACUACAUCUCUAAUGGAAAAUGCUGCCACAAGGACACCACCACCAUCAUCUGUACAAAACCCAAGAAACAGCAUAAGCCCCAUACUGGGCAUUGCCAAUAAAGAGGCAGUCAGAACCCCAGUGUUUGAGCAUACAGCACUGGCACCCAGACACUCCAGUCCUCUGUCUAGAACUCAUCAUAUCUCAAUGACCAGAGACCAAAAUUUACCAGAUUUGUCCAUGAUUGAAAGAAGUGAAAGAACAUAUUUUCAAGAUCACAUACAGGAUUUGGACAGAAGUGAAUUGUUCCAAUUGAGAACCCCCCACUUAGGACCUGUCAGGCCACAUAUCCCUACACCUUCAGAUACACCAGCACCUGCCAUUGUCACACAUCCUGUGAAGCAGAAACCAGUGAUCAAGCCAAAAAUUGUGAAGAAGCCAAAAGUGAAAGUACAGUCCAGUACUAUUCCGGCAGCCGUGAUCAAACAAACAUUCAGCCAUUUUUGCAAAAUGAGAGUGGACAAAGAUACACUGCCUGAACUUGUCAAAAUAACAGACAAAUAUUUUGACCGAGUGGCCCAUGAUCUUGAAACAUUUGCGCAUCAUGCAGGAAGAAAAACCAUAGAUGAGAGAGAUGUUGAAUUACUUCUGAAGAGACAGAAGUUUAUUACCAAGAAAACAUCACUUACCCACCUUGUGGAAAAGCACCUUCCUCUGGAACUUCGACAGGAAAUCAUACCAAUGGCAAGAUCAGGAAAUAAAAUAUUCCCAAAGCUUUGACUCAUGGGACUGAUUGCAAUUUUAUGGAACUGUCUUGUUUUCCUUCAAAUAAACCUUUCCUUUUU